AUGAAAAUGUAUCGCAUUCUAUUGAUAUUUUUGGCGACUGUACUCUUUUGCUCCGUUGCAGAAGCUCUUCUCGAUGGGAACAGUGAACAAACAGUCAACGUUAUCUGCAAACAGACAAUAGACACCACAUUCUGCAGAAGCGUCUUUGCCAAGAAACUGAAUACUCCUUCCCCAAGCAAGAAAGAUCUCUUGAACGUGACUGUGGCCGAAGCUCAAAGAUUCUCGGCCAACACGUAUUUCUUCAUCAGCACGCUCCUUAGAGAUGCUGGAGACGAGAAGCCCCGUCUGCAAAUGUGCGCCGAAGCUUACGCUAUUGUGAACACGGCGUUCACGAAUGCCGUCUCUUUCUUUAAUCAAGGAAUCUAUAAUAAGAUCCUCAAGCUCAAAGAUGACGUUUCUACGGGUGUUAGUAUAUGUAAGACAGAUUUUAGUGUGUCCGGUUAUAAGAUCAAUCCGAUGAUUAAGAAAAAUAGAGAGGCGUUGGUCUUCACGGCCAUGGAAAAUAUCAUUGGUCAAAUGGCUUCUUAA